AAUAACUUAUUUACACUCUUUUAUUUCUUGAAUAUUCCUACAAUUCUGUAUUUGCUUGUUUGUUUGCUUAUUUCUUGUUUAGUUUGAACAAAUUUCGACUUAAAAUGUGCAUUAUUUAUCGUCGUCUUAUCUCUGUUUUAUUUACAACCGCCAUAAUUACAUGUCUACCUCUAUCAUUUACCAGUGGGAGGGGUCGUUAACGCAAUCUUGGUUUACAUGUUUGAAUGAUAACCUGGCAAAACACAAACUGGAAUUGACACACGCGUUUGGAAUAUCAAUUACUUGGCUGCUAUAUCCAGUACUGCUCUUUUGGGGCUUUAGACGAGAUUUUAAGAGGAAUCUGAAUGAUUUUAUCAUCAGUAUCCUAACCUCCUGCUCAUCGUCAUCAUAAGGAGACUAAAAAAAAGCUCAAUCAAACGAUGUCAAUAACUAGACAGUUCAUCCUUUUGGUCUUGUGUGUUCUGGUUGUUUCUGUAAGCACUGAUGCAGCGGAAUGUACCUCCGAACUGAGUGUAGAAGCAGGGUGCGAUCAGUGCACGGACUGGGGUCAUUGUGAACAGGAAACUGUUCCUGUUGACCCAUGGCUUCAAUAUGCAUUAAAGACACAACGUGAAUUGCAGAUCGAUGCGACCUUUGACCAAUUUAUCAUGUUAGACUCUCACAAUAGUUUCCAGGCUAGGGCAUAUGGGCUGAGAUAUGGAGCUAAUGAUACUUGUGUGUGGCCGCCCCCUUACCCCGAGAACUGCACAUCGAUUGCUAAUCAUGAAUUCACCAUCAUUGACCAACUGAACCUUGGUAUUAGAGGCAUUGAGAUUGAUAACUGGUACUGCUAUGGGGCGAUGCGUGUAUGCCAUCUGGGUGUUCAUGAAUACCUUGGUGUAUGUGAAUCUGAUCACAUGCUAUUUAGUGAUCUCAUCAGCGAUAUUGGACAGUGGUUAGAUCAGCCAGAGAACCAAGAUGAAAUCAUUCGACUUUACUUUAAUGAGAAGUCAGAUCAAGGAUAUGAUGAUGAAGUAAAUGACAUCAUCCGAGGAGCUUUUGGAACACGGGUCCUCACACCAGCAGAUCUGAGGGAUACAUAUGAUGGUUCAUGGCCAACCAUUAGGAAGAUGAGAGAGGAUGGGAAGCAUGUUCUUAUAGCAGCUGGUGGUACAGAUGGAUUCUUUACCCAUGGUGAUGUCUACAUUCAUCCAUUAUACUUUGAUGUUGAUGUCAGAACGAACCUGUUUUUACCAUAUCCAGACUGCAGUGGGCGAAAUGAUACUAACAUCGUACGUGUGUACAGUGACAGCUUAAACUUUCCACUCGUAGAGAAAGGAUAUUACAGCGGUGAGGAUACUGUGGGAUCUAUCAAAGACUUGAGUGAGUAUGUAAAAUGUCGUACCCAGUACCCAGCUAUGGACAUGAUCAACACAGACCUAGUCAAGACUGGCGUUUGGACGUGGGCUGAGGGACAACCCAAUGGAGAGCUCACUCACGAUUCCUGUGUCAUGCUCAAAGGCACCGAUCACCGUUGGUAUAUAUCUUCUAACUGUUCUGAAAACCAUUAUUACGCUUGCCAACACGACAGUGAUGCUGAGGUGUGGACAAUGAGUGACGAGGCGGGACCGUAUUCGACAGUAGACAAUGUUUGUCCACAAGGAUACUCCUUCAGCAUCCCUCAUGAUGGAUACAGAAAACAAAAGUUGAUCGAGUCUUCUUUGGACGAGGAUGUCUGGCUAAAUUUCUCCCCAUGGCUCCCGUCUGGUCCCGUAGAACCAACUGAUGACGUGAUGACCACUGAGUCUGCUGCAAACCGUCUCAUCAGCAUAUCAUGGGUUGUCCUGGCAGUUCUAUGCGGCGUACUUUCGCUUUGAAUCUCCAUCGCAUAAACUCAGCAAAAAAUCCACCGUGUAAAAUGUGUCAACAUUAAAAUUCAUUUUAAAAUAAGUGUGAUUAAUUCAUUUUCCAUUCAGAUUAUUCGAGUAACAUCUGUCAUCAAAAGGUAUAGAACAAAUAUCCGUAGAUAUUAUCUCAUGAGUAUCCCCAGUUUUAGGGAGGGUGUCUCUUUGUAAAACAAAAAAAAUGUCCCCCCCAAAAAAAAAAAAUCAUUAUGUAUAUGCGACUAGAAAAAAGAAUUAACCCCUGAACAACGAAAAAAAUGUGUUAAUCAUCUCUUGAUGACUGAUUGCAUAAAAAAACUAAUAGUUUGAAAGAACUGAAGUCAAAUUUGAUAUCACAGAUUUUUGUUUUGGUCGAAUUGUUCUUAGAAUUAUCAAGGUGUUACUAAUAUGGCCAUGGAAAGCGGGGUAUUAGGGGUGUUGCGUGUAUUAAUUUCCAUAGGCAACACCCCUUGGAAUUGUGGCAGGUUUUAAAAAAAUUGAAAAAUGUAAUCAAAAUGACUUUUAUUUUGUAAUGAAACGCCCUCUUUUUUGGCUUGUCAAAUUUACAUUAGCACCCUAGUCCCUCACUAAAAAAAUCGUUCCCAGAAAAGAUAUGCCUAACUUCAGGGACAUUUUGAAUGGUAUAAUUGAUUUAUUAAAGAUAAAAUGUAAGAAGAAAAAAUGUAAAAAUAGACAUUAAACCUUUUUGAAAAUAUGAAAAUGUUCAAAUAUUUUGCCACUAGGGUAUCUUAGUUUGCUUCAAAAGUGAUGGUUUACUGAUCAAUUAAUAUUAAAAGAUUCUUCACUAAAAACCAAAAGAAUAUUACGAAACGCCCAGAGUCGAGCCUAAAAACACAAAAUGACCAAAAAAAUCUCAUUUGACUUAAAUUGACAGUUUGAGAGAGAAAGAGGGGUUUUGGACACGCCUUAGUGCUUUCUGAAACGAUUCUUCAUCUUCAAAAUAAAAUCAGUUUGAAGCCUGAUAAUUACCCCUUAUUUUGAUUUUAAAUUGUCACUGUGUUUGAAGAGCAUAAGUAAAUAAAUUGUAAAAAAAAAUCAGCUUUAAUUUCAGGUUUACCCAAGCUUUUGACUGGUACUGAAUACAUAUUUAUAUAUGUAUAAUGAAAUACAAAUUUACAUGGUUGACUGGAGUUCUGGAGUUCAUCAAAUUAAGUUAAAUCAAAUUAAAUUCAGUCAACCGUCUGAACUUGUAUUUUAUUAUUCAAAGCUCUUCCUGUGAAGGACAUCGAGCACUCUGUACAAGGAGAGAAUUCUCGAAGUAUAUAUAUAUAUAUAUAUUAUAUAAAUAAACUUUCAAUGAAUGACGGAAUAGAUUAUAACAUUGUUUAAGUUUAGAUUGCUAAUAAAAAUUGAUAACGUCUCAAUUA